AUGGCAGAGGAUAUUACGGAGGUGGAAAACGAUGAUCCAGAUAACCCGGAUUUCCCGAAUUUCACAUUGGAACAAGAAUUAGAGAUGCAACUAAAGCGUGAGAAAGAAAACUUCAUGAAACGGAAAGAAAUUAGUACUGAGAAGGAUUAUGAUAAGUUAUUAAAAAAGGAAAUGGCUGUUUAUGAAAGUGGGGAAGUCAGAGGUGAAAGGGAAUAUUAUAAAUGCAUGAAAAAUUUUCAAUCUGUACCUCAUCGUAAAGUAUCACUGCUCGUUCUAUUCUUCUUCUUUUCAUUUUCGCUCUUCUAUUUAGCAUUAUCAGAAUUGAUAUUGAUAACAUAUUUCCCUCCUAGUACAGAACUAAGCUGGGAUCAUCCGUAUAGUUUAUUAUUAGUUUCGAUGCACUCGGUAACCUUUUAUGUAGUCAUCAAGCGGGCCAAUGAUAUUGUAAACUGGUUAAAAAGUUAUAAAAGUCAACACAGAAAAAAUGUAGUAGUUACUGUAAAAAAGCGUAUUCGAUAG